AUGUCAGAAUCAAAUCUAAAAUCUCCAUUAAUCCAAUCAAAGCUUCCUGAUUUCAAACAAUCUCUGAAAUUAAAAUACGUGAAGCUAGGCUACCACUACCUCAUAACCCAUGGAAUGUUCCUGUUUUUAUCACCUCUUGUGGUUCUAACAGUAGCACAUAUCACUACAUUUUCAGUCCAAAAUCUCCUUGAUCUUUGGGACCAUCUGCGUUACAAUCUCAUAUUCGUGGUCCUUGGCUCAUCUUUCCUUGUGUUCUUGUUGACCUUUUAUUUUCUAACUCGUCCUCAACCAGUUUACCUUGUUGAUUUUUCAUGCUACAUACCUGAGGUUGCACGCCAAUGCACUAGGCAGUUAUUCAUGCAUUGUUCUAGCUCGACAGGAACUUUCACUGAGCAAAGCCUCGAGUUCCAGAGGAAGGUUCUGGAAAGAUCUGGACUUGGUGAGUCAACUUACCUCCCUGAUGCUGUUUUGAGAGUUCCUCCAAACCCAUCAAUGGAGGAAGCUAGGAAGGAAGCUCAGGCUGUCAUGUUUGGGGCGGUUGAUGAGCUAUUUGAGAAGACAAGGGUGAAGCCAAAAGACAUUGGAAUCCUUAUUGUGAAUUGUAGUUUGUUUAAUCCCACACCAUCCUUGUCUGCUAUGGUUAUUAAUCAUUAUAAGCUUCGUGGGAACAUUCUUAGUUACAAUCUGGGUGGCAUGGGUUGUAGUGCUGGUUUGGUUUCUAUUGAUCUCGCCAAGGAUCUUCUUCAUGUCCAUCCAAAUUCUUAUGCUCUUGUUAUUAGCAUGGAAAAUAUCACCUUGAACUGGUAUUUUGGGAAUGAUAGAUCCAUGCUUGUCUCAAAUUGUUUGUUUAGAAUGGGAGGAGCUGCAAUCUUGCUUUCUAACAAGAGGUGGGAUAGACUUAGAUCCAAGUAUCAGUUGGUCCACACUGUUAGGACUCACAAAGGUGCUGAUGACAAGUGCUUCUCUUGUGUUACACAGAAAGAGGACUCCACUGGGAGGGUUGGUGUUUCUUUAUCAAAGGAUCUCAUGGCUGUUGCUGGGGAUGCUUUGAAGACCAACAUCACCACUUUGGGUCCUCUUGUGUUGCCAAUGUCUGAACAGUUGCUCUUUUUUGCCACUUUGGUUGCAAGAAAACUUUUCAAGAAGAAAGUGAAGCCUUAUAUCCCUGAUUUUAAGUUGGCCUUUGACCAUUUCUGCAUUCAUGCUGGGGGAAGAGCUGUGCUGGAUGAAUUAGAGCAGAACCUCAGACUCACAGACUGGCACAUGGAACCAUCAAGGAUGACCCUUUACAGGUUUGGCAACACUUCGAGCAGUUCACUUUGGUUCGAAUUGGCUUACACUGAAGCCAAAGGAAGGAUCAGAAAGGGUCAUAGGUUAUGGCAAAUUGCAUUUGGAUCCGGAUUCAAGUGCAAUAGUUCAGUUUGGAGGGCUCUCAGGAAGGUGAACCCAGCAAAGGAGAAGAAUCCAUGGAUGGAUGAAAUUCAUCUUUUCCCAGUUGAUGUUCCCAAGUUCUCAGCUAUCUAA